AUGGACUUUUUUGGUGAUUUUCGUUUGGUGGAGAAUAUUUCUGGUUAUUUUCAAAAUAUUGCCGGCGAGUUCACACCUGACACAACUCAUCUUCACGCAAUUAAUUGCAAGUGCACACUAACUGAUCGACUUUGGUGUGAUUAUUUUGGGUUAGUUUGAAAAAAAACUGCUUUUAAAAUUCAAAAAACUCACGGAAAUCUUUGAUUUUGUCGGAGAAUGUUUCUUCAUUCUGAACUAUCUUGAUUCAUCUUGUUCGGUCGAUUUUUGGAAGUUUUAGGAAAAAAUUAAAAAAAAAUAAUACACUGCGAAUUACUGUAGAAUUAAGUUUGUGCAAACACCAAACACAUGAACCGCCGACAAUUUCUUGCUCUGAAUUUUUAUUUUUGUGUUUUUCGUUUUUUGUUCACAAGCGCAGAACUUGGACUCUGCAGCACUUAUUUCUAGAAUUUAGGAAACCCUAGAUUGUCUUCUUUGGUUAUCUGUUGAGUUCACAAAGUAUCCUCUGGGAAUUCCCAAGUUUCUUUGCUAAUUUCGUUCGGUUUUUAGAAACACUUCUUUGUUCUCGUUCUCAGAAAAAUACAUUUGGUAUCCAUGGUUCCAGAAAAUAGUCUUUCUUUCAUUAUUUCCGAUUUCUAUUUAUUUGUUCAUCUUAUAUAUUUUUUGAUUCUUCGGUUAUCAAUAAGUAUAUAGUUUAUAUAAAAACCGAAAUUUUUAUCAACAAUUUCAAUUUCAAUUUUGAAAUUUGAUAUUUUUUGUUUUGCACUCGAUAGUAGCGGUAAAUAAAAAUACGCUCUAUAUUUUUUCUAACAAAAAACAGGAUAUUAGUUUUAAUGGAAUCAUCUUAUUCUUGUUUUUUCACAGAAUGGUCAAUUGAUUGACCUUAUCAAAAACUUCAAGUCAUCUGACAUUAAUAUUUUUCAUGUGUUUAAAAGAACACAUACAUUUUAUGAUAUAAAUUUAUAACGAAUGGGACAAAUUGAACAUUUUCAUUUCAUUUUAUUUUCAAUUUUCAAUUUAGAACUCGUUGAACUCUUAGUCGCGUGUCGACCUUUUUGAAUUUUAAAUAGAGUAAUUCAUUGUUCACACAUCAUGAAAUUUCAUCUAUCUGAAUAACAGUUUUCAAUUAGAUUAAGCAAAUUUUAUGAUCUUUGUGAACUUUUUUCCCCACGUGAACAUACGUUCAUCCAAAUUUCUUUGAUAUCAAACAAAUAUGUGCUUUGACUGCUGCUGCCACUAACACAAAUACACUUUUUUUCCACCGUCCGACGUCACAAUUGUCUUUUUGCUCUGCGUCUCUUCUUUACUGUACACUCUUCUAAUUCUUGUCAUUUUUCUGCUCCGCGCAGAGAAGUAAAAACGAUGAGAGUUCCUGUUUUUGGUGAGAAUAUCCUAAGUUUUGUAAUAUAGAAUUCGUGCGUUACACAUUUUAUAGAUGCCCUUUCAUGAAUAUCAAAGUAAGUCUUUUGACGAACUUUUCAUCUUUGACCUAUCAAAAAGUCUGCGCGAAAAAAUGUAUUUGUACUUCAGAUUCUCUAACAAAUUUUUCUCUUUUUGAUAUUUUAAUUUUUUCCCACAGAGCAUCUUGUUUUCGUUUAUUCUAAUAAAUAAAUGUCAGAUAAAUAUUUACAAAUAAUAAAACUAUAUAUUUUCUUCCUAUUAUUUUUAUAGCAAGACAUUUGUGCAAAUAAAUAACAUCCAAAACAGGUGUGCCUCAAUAUUCUUAUUUAUUCCUUCCAAAAUAGUUUAGUUAUUUUGCCUCUCUAAAAAUUCAAAGUAUUUUACUUAUCUUAAAUAAAUUCUGUUAUUUUUUCACGUAAAGAUGUAAUAAACAAAUAAGACAAGUUCUCUGACUACAUUUGAAAUUAGCCGAAUUAUAUUACUGAAAGCGAAAAAUUCCGGUUUUCUCACAUUUUUAGUUCACUUUUAUUGAUUGUUUAGCUGAAAAAUUCCGAUUGUAAAUAUCAUGUGUUUUUUUUAUUAUUAUUGAGGACAAUAUAUGUAAUUUGAUAAUUUUGAACUUUUUUAAAAGAAAAAACAUUCUGAAGUUUUAGAAUUUAUUUGAUAAUGUUGUGAAAUUUUGAUUUCAAAUAUUUUCAACAAAUUAAUUUCGAAAUGAAUGCAUCACUUAACUUUAAAAGUUAUCAUUCCUAUUUACUGAAAACCUUGUUAUUUGUCAUUUUUUCGAACAAAGAAACAUUACUCAAUAGUCAUUUCAUUUCUCCUGUUUUUUUCUCAAGGACACUGAAAAUUUGCCGUGCGAACUACAAAAUUCAUAUUUUUUUUGGAACAUUCAUUUAAAUUUCAGAUUUGUUCUCAAUUUUUUGUGUUAUUUUUCUGGGAUAUAUUUUUUUCGCUUCAUUUCAUUUUGUCAAUAGAAUAACGAAAUGAAAACCAGCUUUAUUUUUCGAGUGUUUUUCAUAUUUUUCUACUAUUUAAUAGAAGUUUAUUUUAUAACAAAAAACAUUUCGAGAGAUUUCACUUGACGUAUGACAGUAUCACAGUUUUAUUUGAGAUCUUAUCUUUUUUAUUUGAAAUAAUAACAAAAGUUUUAUUUUACAAAAAAUGUCCAUCCUAUUAAAUUGUUGUGAUUCUCUGAAUCUCUCAUUUUACACACUGUUUAUGGGUUCAAACUACAAACAUUUGGUAGAUCAAAUGUUUAAUUCAGAAAAAUGAACAGUCUUCAAUUUUCCGAUAUUUAGUUUAUUUUCUAAUGUUCCAUAAUCUGUUUUUCUCAACAAAAAUAAAAAUAUAUUUGCCACCUUCCUUCUUUUUUUUUUCAUUAUUCUAAUAUUUUCGCAGGCCAAUAUAUUUAUUUACUAUCUAUUAUCGAAAAUCUCAUCGGUACCACGCGCUCCACCGAAAUAAACACGCAACGCAGACCGCGUCGCGCCACAACACACCCAAAAAAUUUUUUAAAGGGGACGAUUCAAAUUCCCUCCCUUUUUUGUGUGUGUUGUGGCGCGACGCGGUCUGCGUUGCGUGUUUAUUUCGGUGGAGCGCGUGGUACCGAUGAGAUUUUCGAUAAUAGUAUCCCUCUCUUUCUCUGCCUUUUCUCAAAAAAUCGCCUGUUUUCAUUCGUUUUUUUUGUGUAGUUCUCUUGGAGAAACCGCGUUUUUUCGCAAUCCUUGAGAUUUUUUUCGUUUAAAAAAAGCAGGUUUUUUUUCCAAUUCAUUAAUAUAAAUGUUUUAUAGAAUGGGUACUUGUAUCAGUAAAGAAUCGAGAGCUCGAAGGAAGGAACGACGAAGAUUGUUAAAACAAAGAGGGUGAGAUUGAUUUUUUAUUAGAACAAAGAAAACAAUAAAUAAUAUAAUUUUUGCAGAAGAGAAGCUCAGAAUCGAUCAGCAACAGUUCCAUCAAGACGGCAUAUUUUCAAUGAUUCGAGAUAUUUUAGUUCAAAUGAUAGCGGAGAUGAUGUUCGAGAAGAUAUUCGAUUAUUGAUUAGAGAAACAUUGGAUGUUAUAAGAACACUUGUUAAUAAGUAAGUUAUUUUGUAAAACUAUUCAUUAAAAUGAAAUUGGAAUUACAAAGAGAAUUAGGACUUGACUUGGCUUUUUAAGCUUUUCCUAGAUGUAUCGGCUGUUCUUGUUUGAAAUCUAAAAUUCUGAUUUUCUAGUGAACAAGAACCUCCGCAGUCACUUUUGAAAUUGAAUUUCCUUGCUGAUGAAGAAAAUGGAUGGAUGAUGGUUGUGAAAGCUUUGAUUUAUACGGUAAAUUACCUUUUUUCGUGAUAAACAUUUUAUUUUUCCUUCAGAUUCCAAUCGAGGAUCCUCUUGGCCCGGCGGUUAUUUCUCUUUUCUUGGAUGAAUGUCCUUUACCAAGCAAGGUAUGUUUCUCUUGCGAACAUUUCAGUUUCAAACAAUCCCAAUUGAAUUGUUUUCAGGAAGCCGUUGAAUCUUUAUUGCGGUCGAUUGGUUUAAGCGAAACAUUUGUGAAAGAAAAAGAGAUGGAGUUCAAAUGGCAUGUAAAUAUGUGUAUUGUAUUAGGAUCAUUGGCUGAAAAAAUGGCUGGAACAGCUUCUGUUUCGAUGUUUAACAAAAAUAUUCAAGGAUAUUUGAUGGCGAUUUUGAGAGUUUCGCAUUCGACAAUUUCGCAAUCAAUGAAACCAUAUGUUGUCAGUUUUUCAUUUUAUAUUAGAUUUAUAAAUUCGUGGUUAUUUUAAGGGUCAACUUGGUCGAGUUCGCGUUUUUGCACUUUUAGCGUUGGAGAAAUUUGCACAAACUCGAGAAAAUCAAAUAACAAUUUGCAAAUUAUUCGCUGGUUUUGAUGUUCAUCCAUUAUUGAAUUUUGAGAAUUAUGAAAUUGAACAAUUUACAUCAAGAUGGGCACUUGAUAAUAUUUGUAAGUUAUUUAUCAAUUUUUUUUUCUUUCAUUUUUGUUAUUUAUUAUUUUUUAGUUACAAUUGAAAAUCGUCCAUAUUCAUAUGAAACAACUGAUACAUCAAAAAUCAAUGCAAUGUUGAAUCAUGAAGAUGUUAGUGAAUAUUUGAAAAUAGGACCAGAUGGAUUGGAAGCACGGUGUGAUGUUUCAUCUUUUGAAUCAGUUCGAUGUACUUUUGAAGUAACUGAAGGUGUUUGGUAUUAUGAAGCAACUGUUCGAACUGGUGGAGUUAUGCAAAUUGGAUUGGCAACAAAAAGAAGCCGAUUUUUAAAUCAUGAAGGAUAUGGAAUUGGAGACGAUGCAUCUUCUGUUGCUUAUGAUGGAUGUAGAUGUUUAGUUUGGCAUAAUGCAAGAAGUACAAGUGGAGAACAUCGAUGGUUUGCUGGAGAUACACUUGGAGUUCUUCUAAAUAUUCCAGCUGGUGAAGUUGUUUUUAUAAUGAAUGGAAAACGAAUUGAACCAAAUCGAGAAUUUUUGGCGAAUCGACAGAAAUCAGAAGGUGUUUUUGCUGCCGCUUCAUUUAUGUCUUUUCAACAAUGUCGAUUCAAUUUUGGAAAUGAACCGUUCAAAUUUCACCCAGGAGUUGAGUUCAAGUAAGUGAUAUCAGAUUAUUUUUCAUAAUUCAAUUUCUUGUUUUUCAGAUGUUUCAAUGAUUAUGGUCAACUUUCAUCAGCACAAAGAACAAUUAUUCCACGAAAAGUUCGAUUGGAACGCCUUGAGAAAGAAUAUAUUCCAGAUGAUUAUUGUUCGAUUUGUUUUGAUGCGCCAGCAACAACACAAUUCAAACCAUGUGAUCAUGAGUGAGUUUUUAUUGAGAUGUUCAGUUCUUAAAAUACAAAUCCGAAAAAGUGAGAUGCUCGAUAGAAACAAUUGUUUAAAAAAAUCAUGUAGAAAUGGGCUUCUUCUAGAACAGAUAAAUACUAGCCUAGAAUUGGUUACUAAAUUGUUUGGCCCACAAUCAAAAAAUUUUGCUUUCAUUCAUUUUCUGAGUAUAUUGAGAUACAUCCAAAUAUAUUCAUUCAUCAAAAUUUUCAGUGGUUUUUGCCCUGAUUGUGCGUUACAAUUGGAUCUUUGUCCUUUGUGUCGAGCUCCAAUUCGUGAAAGAGUUGAAAAGGCCAAUAAUAAGUAAGUUUCUUCAUUUUCCCUCUUAAAUAAUAAAAUUCAAUCACUUUCAGUCGAAGUAUGGAUGUUUCCAAAGAUUCAACUUCUAAAAUCUCACGAAAAACUAGCCAAAGAAAAAGUUUGCGAGCUUCUACAAUUCAACCACAAACUUCUGUUGAUACGGUUUGUUUUUUUAUUUUUCAAUGUUUUUCUUUCAACAAAAAUAUUUGCAGACUGUUAGAUCAGUGAAUUCAAGUCGUGAAUUGGCUCGUCGACAUACUCAAGUAUAA